AUGCCCGACCCUAACAUCCCCUCCGAGCCCCCUCCAUCCUACGACCAGGUCGCGGGCGGUUCAUCCUCAUCACGACCUGCGGCUUCUUCCAGCCUCCAGGUACCCGGUCAGAAUGAAGGCGGCAUGCCAUCUUCACAUCGACGGAGUAUGGAGGACGAGCUGCGACCACUGCCAAAGGGCUGGGUAAGGCAGUACGAUUCAGAGCAACACCACCAAUUCUUCGUCGACACAAACAAAGAGCCCCCGCGCUCCACCUGGGUCCACCCCUACGACGACGAAGAAUACCUCUCCACCCUGCCCGGCCCCGAACGCGAGCGUGUCGAACAAGAGAGUCUACACCGCGGACACCCUCCAUCCAAAGAGGACGUGAUAGCAUCCCACACCGACGACGAGGAAGACCAUCACGGUGAACUGCCACCCCGCGGAGAAGGAAAAGGCAAAGAGAAAGAAUCCAAGUUCGGCCGCAAGUUAAAGGACAAGCUCACCGGCACCACGCACGAACAACGCGAGCAGUCGAGGCAACAGCGGGCGGAAUACGAGCAGAAGCUGUACGAGCGACAUCUCCAACUACGUCAUGCCAUGGCCGAGGCUGCAAGAACCGGACAGCCGCAGUUGAUGGGCAAGGACCGCGACGGCAAGGACAUCUACAUCGAACCGCCGAGGUACCGUGGUGGGUAUGGCGGAGGCGGGUACGGGUAUAGCCCAUACGGUGGGAUGGGCGGAGGUGGUGGAAUCUACGACACACCUAAUGCGAGGUACAUCCGUCCUGCGAAUCCGUACGGGCGGCCGAUGGGACGUGGGUAUGGUGGUGGCUAUGGGUUGCCGCUCGCGAUGGGAGGAGGGUUGAUGGGGGGUAUGAUGCUUGGGGGUAUGAUGGGUGGGGGUGGAUUUGGCGGUGGCGAUGGAGGUGGUGGAGGUGGCGAGUAA